GUGUGGGGUUGCCUAGAAACGGGACGCUGUAACCAUAGUGGGUGCCGCAGGUGUAGAACAGAAAUCUGGGGGCGCCUGGGUGUAGUUGCGGCCGGUACCAUACAGGAUGCCUCCCAAAAAGAAAGGUAAGCGAGGGCCCAGCGCCAAGACAAAGGAGAAAGAGACUGUAAGGGUCGCAUCGGAGGGCGUUACAGAGCAAACGAAAGAUUUUUAUACAGUGCAGAUCCGAGAUCUGGAGAAACGGCUGGAACGGUACCAGAGUAAAUGGGAUGAAAUCUGUGCAAAGGAGCAAUUGAAGGAGGCUCAAUAUGAGCAGUUGUCUAAUGACAAAAAGGAGAUUGUCUCUUUCCUAAAACGUACCCUAAACCAACGCAUGGAUGAAAUUGCUGACCUGAAUGACCAGCUCUUGGGGCUCCAGCAGGCCAAGGAUGCAGAAAAGGAUGCGUAUGAGUCCCAGCUGACUCAGGUGCGACAUGAAUUGCAAGACACCAAGGAGCGCCUCACCUCAGAGAAUAUGCUUCUAGCGGGGAAACUGGCAUCAUUAGAGGAGUUCAGAGUGCAAAAAGAAGAGCUUAUGGGCAAAUUUGCAGCUUUAGAGGAGAAAGUAAAAGAACAAGAACAGGAACACAAAGAGGCAAUGUACAUUCUGGAGAAGAAGGUUGUGCUGGACAAAGACAGAUUGAAGAAAGAGAUGGUACAGCGUGUUAGUACAGUGGCAGCUGAAUUCCGCAGAGUAUCCAACAAUCAGAUGGCAGAGACUACUAAACGUGCAAUCCGAGAGAACGUUUCCAUCAGCUUACAGCUUGACAAGAUGUCUGACAAAAGCAUAGAGCUGAUUAGUGAGAACGACCUUCUGAAAGAUCGCAAUUCAGAACUUACUAAGCAGCUUGAGAUGCUGGAAGAGAAUGAGAAGGAACUGGUGAAGAACAAUCUCAGUAACCAAAAGGUGAUACGAAUGCUGACGGACAAAUGCCAGCAGCAGCAGGAGAUAUUGACCUUGUUGGAACACACACAACAUGCCCUGAAUGAGCUUCAGUCUCAACAUCACAACCUCAAAGAUGAGUCCCAGCAACUCAAACAGAAACUGGUAUCCCUUGAAGAUGACUUGCAGAGAGUUACACAGGAGAAGGAGGGACUGAGCAGGCAGCUAGAGGAAGAGAAACAGAGGACACUUGCAGUUGACAUGAUCCUGAGCCAAGCAGCUGCAUUUCUGAAGGAUAUGCUCUUGCAGACACACAGUGAAGAUGAAACAGAAGGAAUGCAACUGGAAAGAAGGAACAAGAUGCUGCAGCAGCUGCAGUUACUGCUGGACAGUUCUGCUACAUUAGGCCUUGGAUCAAGUUUACAUGAAUUUGAGACAAAACAAGGCCAUAGCCUUAAGUCCCUCAAAACUAACAGACAACCUGUUUCACCUGUACUAAAAGGCCCAGGAGUCACAGCCCACUAUCGAAUAGGAGACUUGGGCUUAGUGCCCAGACAAGAUGUAUCUAAUGCAGUCCUCAGCAAAACUGCAAUGCUAUCCAAAAUCACAAGGCUAGGACCUUUAAGAGGGACUCAUGGAAUAUCUAAGGAGCUACUCUCAUGGACCCAGGAAGAAAAACAGAUAAAACAUUCGGCUCUGCCUGAGAUCUCUCCAGGGGCACCCAGCAAACUACUAAUGGCUAAAUAAACUACUAGAAAACAGACACGACUAAAUAAAACAAGCAGAAAAAUGAAAUACAA